AUAUAUCAAAUUCAAUGCAGCCAACAUGUAGAAAAAACAAUAUUUUUGUUUAGACGACUACAUUUGAAACUAAUUUAACGACGACGGUAAACAAGUAAUAAAAUCGAAAAUAAUUUUAUAAUGGCAGCCUUUAAAACAUUACGAGAUAUAUGUAAUAAUUUCGAAGCGGACUUGCAACAAUCUUCAAAAGAAUUAUUUUCAGCAAACGUUGGAGAGAAGGCCGAAGAUGUUAUCGCUAAGAAAAUGCAAGAUCUCUCCCUUUUUACAUCUAAACUAAGACUAUUGAAAGCAAAUACACUAUCAUUGACCCCAGAAAUCACAGAACAAGAAAAGACAGAAGAGACAGUAUUAAACAGUUUUGGUGAUACAGCGACCACGAAAGUGUUGGAACAACAUAUUGUGAAGUUCCUGACUCAGUCUCAUGCUGUUCAGUCAUUGAUAACCACAGCUGAUAAGGACUUGCAGCCAGAAAUGAUUGAGAGGAAAGAAAAAAUCAUAGAAACCAUGAAACUUUACCAGCAACAAGAGUCACAGUUGCGUCACCUGGAUGCACUCCUCAAGGAGAAGGAGGCUCAGCUGGCGGCGGUGAGGGCACAGUGGGACGAGGAACUGUUACUGAUGAGGGAUAUGAGUGACAAGAUCGAAGAUAUAGAGGUUGAUGUCUCUGGACCAUUGCAUGUGAAAUUACGAAAGCUGGUGGACAAAUUGGAGCUGAUGCGGUGGUUGUUGGGCAAGCUGGUAAUCUCCCGUACACACGACUACGAUUGGUUUGCAGACCCUCACUCCAGACUCUCUGCGUUGAAAAUCAUUAGAACACCAAAUACGCUAGAGACCUUCACUGGAGCGUCCUGAUGUUGAUUAUAUCACAUAAAUGAUAGACAAUAAAAAAUUAAGCACUCUUA